AUGGCUAGCAAAACGGUUUUUUAUCUUCAAAAUCAUUCACCUUCCCUCGUCUUCCAAAUGCGGUUUUUCUACCGAAUUUGGGAGACGAGGGAAGGGCGCGAGCAAGCCGCACUUCUUGGCAAACGUUUGGCUCAGUGUGGUAUCAGCUUUGAUGAACUCGUGAUGUCUACUAUGAUAAGAGCCAGAGAAACAGCUGAGAUCAUUUUGGAACAUCUACCACCAGCACUGAAGAGGUUGCAGUUGUUCUCUGACGUUUCGAUUAGACCUUUACUUUCUUCAAGUUCGAGCUGUCCAUUACUGGAAGAAGGUCCUCCCUAUCCCCCAGUUCCAGCUGUAGAUUACUGGAACCCGGAGUAUGCAGAUUUCUUUGCGGAAGGACUGAGAAUUGAGUCCGCAUUCCGUAGGCAUAUACACCGCGCUGAUUCCUCACAGAAAGAAGAUUCUUACGAACUAUACGUUUGUCAUUCGAAUGUCAUUCGCUACUUCGUCUGUCGAGCUCUGCAGUUUCCUCCAGAAGGUUGGCUUCGCAUGUCAUUAGGAAACUGCAGCAUCACAUGGCUUGUCAUUUUUCCCUCGGGCAGGGUCAGUCUUCAGAGUCUCGGUGAUAUCGGUCAUUUGCCUUUUUCUAAAGUGACAUUUACUUUGGUGUGA